AUGGAAGCGAGGAUGAAGAAAUACAGAGAAGUAAGUCCAGAGAGAGCAAAAGUCUGGACAGAGAAAUCUCCAAAGUAUCAUCAGAAGAUUAAGAAAGUCCAAAUUGUUUAUUACCUCUCCAAGAAUCGUCAACUCGAGCAUCCUCAUUUCAUGGAAGUCUUGAUUUCUUCUCCAGACGGUUUAUACCUUAGAGAUGUUAUUGAGAGGCUUAAUGUUCUUAGAGGUAGAGGCAUGGCUUCAAUGUACUCUUGGUCUAGUAAAAGAAGCUAUAGGAAUGGUUUUGUCUGGCAUGACUUAUCAGAAGAUGACUUGAUUGUCCCAGCUCAUGGGAAUGAGUAUGUUCUUAAAGGCUCUGAGCUAUUUGAUGAAUCCAAUUCAGAUCACUUUAGUCCAAUUGCUAAUUCAGCUACACAAAACAUGAAGCAGAUAGUUGUGGAGCCACCAUCAUCUAGAAGCCUCAUGGAUGAUUCAUCUUCGUCUUCCAAGGAGACUAAUAACAAGCAUUCUCAAGAAGAUGAUGAGCUUUCUCCUCCAGCUCUUCGCUCUGUUUCUUCUCCUGAUUCUAGAGACGCGAAGAACUCAUCUUCUUGGUGUUUGGCUGAGUACAAGGUCUAUAAGAGCGAAGGACUCGCAGAUGCAUCUACACAAACCGAUGAAACUGUUGGCAAUUGUUCUAAAACACCACUAGAGAAGUUGAGCAGAGGUGUUUCAACUGAUGAAGAAGGGUCAUCAGAGCCUGAAUCCAUCGAAAACAAUCUUGUGAGCGAGGAGAAAGAGAGGGAGAGCGCGGAGAUAUCAAGAAACUCUGCCUCUCCGCCGUUCUCCAACAGUGCCUCGUCGCUAGGCGCAAAGACUGAUACUUUGGAGUCACUUAUAAGAGCUGAUGUUAGCAAGAUGAAUAGUUUUAGGAUUCUUGAGCAAGAAGAUGUUCGAAUGCACGCUAAUCCUAGGCUUAGGGCAUCCAACAUGCUGAUGCAGUUGAUAUCCUGCGGUUCGAUAUCAGUCAAGGACAACAACUUUGGCCUUGUACCUACUUACAAGCCCAAGUUUGACCACUCUAAGUUUCCUUCUCCUUUCUUCUCCUCGUCGUUUAUGCUUGGAGAUCUUGACCGUUUCUCGGAGACUCCGAGUCUAAUGAGCCUGAGACUUGAGGAGAAAGAGUAUUUUAGUGGGAGCUUGGUCGAGACUAAGCUACAGAAGAAAGAUGCAGCUGAUGGUAGUGCUUCUCUUAAGCGUUCUUCAUCCUACAAUGGUGACAGGGCAUCAAACCAAAUGGGUGUAGCAGAAAGCAGUGAAUCAAAACUUGGUGGCCCGAAACACAUUCCAAGAUCAAGAAAGGCUUCUUCUCUAAUAAGCAAGGAACAACCACGUAGUGAGUCAAUGAGAUCUCCUGUCUCAGACAAGGCAAGAGACUCAUCAAAAGAUACUAAAGCAGCUGAUUUGUGCAGUAAAAGGAUAACCAAAUCUUUGAGGAAACCGGAUUCUUUCAGAGAAGAAGAGGAGAAGGUGAUCAAGAUCGAUGAAAGGCUUGCUUCAGGAGCUAGGGUUAUAAUCGAAUCUAAAGUGCCUUCAAGCUGUUCAUGA